AUGUCCAAGCCCAUCAUCCUCCACCUGGGUGACCCCGUCCACCACAACAUCGAGCUUUACGAAAGCCUAGCCCAGCAGUUCACCAUCGUCAACCCGCCCCUCGCAGACCGCCAGCGCCCGGUAUUCCUCGAAGCCCUUCGCUCGCGCAAAUGGGGUGAUUUCCAGGCCAUUAUGCGGCCCUUCUGGUCCACGGGCGGCGAGAUGGGCCGCUGGGACAAGGAGCUGAUCCCACUGCUACCCGGCUCGCUCAAGGUGUUUGCGUCGGCGGGCGCCGGCUACGACUGGGCCGACGUGGAUCUGCUGGCCGCGGCCGGCAUUUUGUACUGCAACGGCGCCUCUGCGUCGUCCGAGGCCGUCGCCGACAUGGCUCUGUACCACAUCAUCUCCGUCUUCCGCAACAUGCAGUGGUCCAACAUGGCCGCGCGCGCGGGCGACACCGCCACGUUCCUGGACGCUCACCACAAUGUGCCACACACAGCGCGCAACCCGCAGGGCCACGUCCUCGGCAUUGUCGGCCUCGGCAACAUUGGCCAGCGCAUCGCCACCAAGGCCGCCCACGCCUUGGGCAUGCACAUCGAGUACUAUGACCCGUUCCCCAAGACGGCCGAGCAAGAAGCCGCCGCCGGCGGCGCCAAGCGCCACCCGACGCUCGAGUCCAUGCUGGGAUCGGCCGACUGCGUCGUGGUGGCGGCGCCGGGCAGCGGCGGCAAGCUGAUUGACGCGACACGGAUUGAACAGAUGAAGAAGGGCGCGCGGCUCGUCAACAUUGCGCGCGGCGGUCUCGUGGAUGCGGGCGCCGUGGUCGACGCACUGGCGUCGGGCCAGUUGGCCGCCGUCGGGUUGGACGUGUUUGAGGACGAGCCCCUUGUCGACCCGCGUCUGGUGGCCUCACGACAGGCAACGCUGACGUGCCACACGGCGGGUGGUGCGCUCGAAACAAACAUUGGCUUUGAGCGUCUAUCUAUGGAAAACGUGCGCAACGUCCUGACGGGCCAGCCGCCAUUGACGCCCGUGAACAAGCAUUUGUUCAAAUAA